AUGGGAGCCUGUGGGAGCAAACCUAAGGAAUCUGACAUCGUCGAAAGCCUUGUCCCCACAGACAAUGCUGUUGUUGAGUCCAAGAAUGAAACAGAUACCACAUUAACUCAGGAGAAGAAAGAAGAGUCUAGUGAAGAGGCAAAUAAGGAAAGUGAGACAAAAGAAGACUCCUCUGAGGCAACCAAGGUUGAGCCAACUCCAGAAGCUGUGAAGGCAGAUGAGAAAGCUCCUUCCGAGACUGAGCCACAAACACAAGAGACCGCGCCUGCCAAAACCGAUGAGGCGCCUCUUGUGAUUCUUUGA